GUUGAGUUACACGUCAGUAGGGAACCUGUACUGGUGACUGGACGUGUGCAGUGCGCGUCAGCCGCUUCCCGGAUGCACCGAACAGAAACAUGGAACGGGUAGUGGUGGAACUACCGAUCAACAACGGGUUUUCCCUCGCCGGCACCUCCACAGCUCCACGCAAGCGCCAGGUUCGUUUUUCAGCUCGUCAUGACAUCAUCCUUCUGCGAGAGGUCAUCGCCCAGAACCCCUUCGCCUCAAAGGAGCCAGGACGGAUCUGGGCCCGUGUUGGUGAGAUCAUCACUGCAGCUCUACAAGAUGAGAACUUUGAGGUGGACGCCAGGAGGUGCAGAGAGAGGACCAUGCUGCUGCUGGACUACUACAAGAAGCAAGACUUCCCCAGUCUGCGCAGAUUUGGAACAGAGAGGUUGUACGCUCAAAAGGAAGACCUGCUCCAUGAGGUUUUGGAGCUGGAGGCGGAGAAGGGGCUUCUGGCCGGCGGGGAAAACACAAAGUACCAGGACGAUGAACUAAGAAAGCGAGCCCUCGAAGAACUAACUCUACCUGAGCAGGACAAACCCAACAUCACCAUCACACAAACUACAGAACCAGAAGAGGACCGCGAGGAGAUGGCAGAGCUCUCAGCGGCGCCCACAGCCAAGCAGCCCUGCCAGUGCUGCUGCCAGACCUACUCUGAGAUCCUCAGCUUCCUGGAGAAACGCUCAGAAGCCGAGCAGCGGCUACGAGAGGAGGAGCUUUCCCUGCGCCGGGAGGAGCUGGAGAUUCAAAGGAGUCAAAUCAGUCUGGAGAGGGAGCGUCUGGGAGCUGAGAGAAAAGAGAGAGAACGGAGAUUUGAGCUGGAGAGCCAGGAGCGGCAGGUCAUCUUGGACCUGUUAAAAGAAAAGGUGCUGAAAAGCUGACCAACUGCAUUUAAUGCAAUAUGGGGGAAAACGAUGGUUGAUUGCUUAAAAGAGGAAGAAAACCUCGGAAAGGGAAGUGAAAACAUCAAUAAUUGUAGGUUGUUAAAUGCAGGUCGUUGUAAAAUAACCAAAUAAAAUGGAGGGCAGUAAUACAGGAUUUGCUGAUGACACAACAGCAAAACAAAUGUUGUGAGUGUCUGUAGGCAUUAACUGUAAGUGUGUUUGGUGUAGGGCUGUGCAAUUAAUCGUAUUUUAAUCGCGAUUACGAUUAUGGUUUGCGACGAUUAUGAAAACAGCAUAAUUGACAAAAUACGAUUAUUUAGCUGGGUGCGCUUCGCCCCACCCUAAAAGCCCACUCGGCCACGUGGGAGUGACGUGUUGUGAGUGUUCCGCGCAAGCGAAGAUGUCAGA